UCCUUCUUUCAGGUUCCUCCUCUCGUCCCCACGCUGGGCGCGCGUGGUGCGUUCUGGGACUUGUAGUUCGCAAGGCUGUUCCGCACAUGCGCUCUGUCGGUGGGUUGGGCCCCAUCCCUGCGAGUUUAAGGUUGGGCAGGCUGCUUUGAGCUUUCCGGAGGACUGCGGGCCGCAGAGGGAGGAAGAGGGUUAGUGUGAGCGUGCGCGGUGCGUGCGCGUAUCAGGGUACGCGAGUGCGACUGGGUGUUCGCGGCGGUGUCUGCGUGAGUGUGGUUCUGAGACGGGACAGAAUUGUCUGAGUGCCUGAGAGUCUGGAGCCCCUUCCCUUCUGCUCACUCCCUGUCUGUCGUCCAGCAGCCUUCACAAGAGCUGCAGAGCCCUAGUCUGGAGCAGCCGAGAAUUUGUGAAGACAGAGCUGAUCCUGACAGCGAAGCCCCAGACGCCCCCUCACCAGGAGCAAGCAUGGAAGAGGAGGACCGAGCGAUGGCCGAGCUCCUCCCAGCCAAGGCCUGGAAGCCAAUGACCUUCAAGGACGUCUCUGUGGACUUCACCCAGGGGGAGUGGGGGCAGCUGGACCCCGCCCAGAGGGACUUGUACCGAGACGUGAUGCUGGAGAACUACAGGAACCUGGUCUCCCUAGAGCUUCAGGUGAUCAAACCAGAGGUGAUCUCCAGGUUGGAGCGAGGGGAAGCGCCGUGCAUGCUGGAGAGGGAAGGGAUCGGCUCCUGUCCAGAUAAUGAUACUACAUCUGCGUCCAUGGACUUGGAUUCAAAGGAUGACAUUCCUAUGGAAGAAUCAUUGCAGGAAAGCCUCCAGAUGAAUGUUCCCUUGGACUUUAAGUUGGAACAGAUCUGGGAAUAUGAUGCCAUGUUUGGGAAGCAGCUCAGCUGCUAUGAGGAAGAUUUUAAACAAGUAACAAUCACCGACAAUAACACUUCCAAUGAAGUGAAUGAUCAAGAAUGUAAUACAUUUGGGAGAAGUUUCAGUAUGAUGUUAAUCACUGAUGCACAAGAGAGUGUUACUAUUAAAAAAACUCUUCAUAAGUACGACACACGUGGAAAUAACUUCAAACAGUAUUCAGAGCUAGUAAAGCGCAAUAGAAUUGCCUUUGGGAAGAAAUCCUAUAAGUAUAAUGAAUGUAGCAAAGCUUUCAAUUAUCACUCAGACCUUAUUCGAUAUUACAGACUACCUAAUGGAAAGAAAUCUUAUGAUUUUGAUGAGUUAGGACAAAGCUUCCCACAAAGGAGACAUCUUAUUCAACAUGCUAGAAUUCCCUCUGGAGAGAAACCCUUUAAAUGUGGUGAAUGUGGAAUAGCAUUCAGACAAAGUAUGCACCUUAUUCAACAUCAGAGAAUCCACACUGGAGAGAGACCUUAUAAGUGUAGUGAUUGUGGACAAGCCUUCAGACAAAAAAUGCACCUAAUCCGACACAAGACCCUUCAUAGUGGGGAGAAACCUUAUCAGUGUAAUCACUGUAUCAAAUGCUUUAGUGAUAGUUGGUCACUUGCUCUACAUCAAAGAAUUCACACUGGAGAGAAACCCUAUAAUUGUACUGAAUGUGGAAAAGCUUUCAGACAAAAAAUUCACCUCACAAGACAUAAGACACUUCAUAUUGGAGAGAAACCCUUUAAAUGUAAUCAGUGUGGUAAAUGCUUCAGUGACAGCUCACCACUUCUUUUACAUCAGAGAAUUCACACGGCAGAGAAACCUUAUAAAUGUAGUGAAUGUGGAAAAGCCUUCAGACAGAGUAUGUAUCUUAUUCGACAUCAGAGAACUCACACUGGGGAAAAACCCUUCAUUUGUGGGGAUUGUGGAAAAUCUUUCAAUGACAGUUCAGCCCUUACUUUACAUCAGAGAAUUCAUACUGGAGAGAAACCCUAUGAGUGCAAAGAAUGUGGGCAAGCCUUCAGUCACAGUGGAAGUCUUACUCAGCAUCAGAGAAUUCAUACUGGAGAAAAGCCUUAUCCAUGCAGUGAAUGUGGUAAGGCCUUUAGGCAAUAUUCUGCUCUUGCUCACCAUGAGAGAACUCACACCGGAGAGAAACCAUAUAUUUGUUCAGAAUGUGGAAAAGCUUUUAGUCACAGUGGAACCCUUACUCAGCAUCAGAGAAUUCAUACUGGAGAGAAACCAUAUGAAUGCAGUGAUUGUGGUCAAGCCUUCACUUAUCAGGCAAGUCUAACUAAGCAUCAAAGAAGUCAUACAGGAGAGAGACCAUACAAAUGCAGUGAAUGUGGAAAAUCUUUCAAUCAGAAUAUUUAUCUUACUCAGCAUCAGAGAAUUCAUACGGGAGAGAAACCCUAUAAAUGUGCUGACUGUGGAAAAUCAUUUAGUCAUAGGGGAAGCCUUACCGCACAUCAGAAAAUUCAUACUGGAGAGAAAUCUUGUAAAUGUCCUGUUUGUGGAAAAGCUUUCCGCCACAUGAACCAGGUUACUCAACAUCUCAGAAUUCAUACUGGAGAAAAACCCUAUACAUGUAUGGAAUGUGGAAAAUCCUUUAGUCAUAGUGGAAGCCUUACAACCCAUCUGAGAAUUCAUACUGGAGAGAAACCCUAUAAAUGUGGUGAAUGUGGGAAAGCCUUCAACCAGAAUAUUUAUCUUACUCAACAUCAGAGAAUCCAUACUGGUGAGAAACCUUAUACAUGUAAUAAAUGUGGUAAGAACUUCAGGCAAUACUCAGCACUUAGUCACCAUGAAAGAACUCAUACUGGAGAGAAACCCUAUAUGUGUAUGGAAUGUGGGAAAGCUUUCAGUCAGAAGGGAACCCUUACUAAUCAUCAGAAAAUUCAUACUGGAGAGAAACCUUUUAUAUGUAGUGAAUGUGGAAAAGCCUUCAACCAAAAUAUUUAUCUUACAAAGCAUCAGAGAAUUCAUACUAGAGAGAAACCAUAUAAAUGUAAUGAAUGUGGUAAAGCCUUCAAACAGGUCUCGGCCUUAAAGCACCAUAAGAGAAUCCAUAAUAGAGGGAAAACCCUGUAAUUGCAGUUAAUGUGAGUAAUCCUUCAAUUGGCAGGGAUGUCUCAGUCAACAAUAUCAAAGAAAUAAUAGUGGAGGGUAAAUGUAGCCAAUCUUCCGAAAUUCAUUGUGUGGAUUGUUAAGUAAAAUUUUUUUUGAAUCUCAUUUAAGAGGACCUGCAAUAUGUCAGGGAUUGCUGUAAUUAGUAUAUCCUACAAACAGGAGUAUCUGGAGGACCUCACCAUCUAUUGGGAAUCCUUCUUGAACUUGGACUUUGAGAUAGACAUCAUUGUCAGCAAGCAUUUACUAAGUUCCUACUAUGUGCCUCUUAGGCACUGUGCUAGGUAAUUGAGAUAGACAAAAAUGAAACAGUCCCUGCCCUCAAGGAAUUUAUUGGGGGAGACGAGGGUAUACAGACACAUAUAUAUGGUACAAUAUAUGAUAGAAAAGGCAAUUUUUGGGAUGGAAGCAGUAGAAGCUGAGGCAGGAGAAGGGAUCAAGAAAUCCUUCCAGCAAAAGGUGGCAUUUAGGGUAAUAUUUAAAGAAAACCAGGGAUUCCAAGGGACCAAGAUUAUCAGACAGCUUUGGCAAACACCUUGUUUGGCCACUGUUGAAUGUGUUCCUUUUUUAUUGCGUCUCCCAGAGAGCCUCAUGAUUGUGAUAUAUGUGUGGGAGACCCUUGGAUAAUGACCAGUAAACACAGGGAGACCUUAGUAUUCUCUGCACCUUUCAGUCAGUUGUGUGAUUGUAAAGAUGUAGUUCUGCUAUAGAGUAGAAGUUUUUGAAACCUAUUUAUAACUUUCUUCUACUUUCAUCAAGAAUGUUCUUGAUACAUGUCUAUGUUAUUCUCAAAAGAUUUUGAAGAGCUGGAAAUCUGGGCAUAGAGGUUGAUAGUUAGCCUCAGUCUGACUCCCAUCUCUGCAGUAGAAAAUUUCAUGCUGAAGGGGAAAAUGGUAUUAUUACUAUGAAUGUGAGAAAGCCUUUAGUCAAUUCAGAAAUUUUAUUGGGGAAAAACCCUUUAGUAUAGCUUGAGAUGUAGUAUUUGUGGAAUGGCCUUUCACCACAUGAACCAGGUUACUCAACAUCUGAGAAUCCAUCCUUUAGUAAGACCCUAUACAUGUAUAUCAUACAGAAAAAGCCUUUAGUCUAACUGGAAGCCUUAUUAUAUAUGCAUCAGAGAAUCUGUACUAGAGAGAAAUCCCAUCAGUGUUUCUCAACAUGAAUAUGAGGAGCCUUCAUUGUAGUUUUCAGUUCAUAUUCCACACAAGGUUAUUUGGUGAUGUAAAUGUAUGCCAGUUCAGUAGUUUAUGAAAUGGUCCGGUUAUUUUGCUACAUGUUUUUUUCUGAUAAUAGACUAUUGCCAUCUAAACAUUGUAGGUUCGCACAAGGCCCACCGGAAAGUACACAGGUAUUUAGCUAAAAUAAUGUCUUCAAAAUGAAAAUAUUUUUUGAAGCAAAAAAGGGGAUCCAUUAAUCACUUCCUGAAACAUUCAUUAGAUAACAUUUUAGUGUGAGGAAAUAAGUGACAUAUAGAUGAAGUGUUAACUUAUGGUAACAAAGGGGUUAAAAGAAACUUAUUAAGAAGAUACUGAGAGCUAGCUAAAAAUUUAGCAGUGGAGUGUUGAGUUAGUGGGUUCUUGGCUAUAGGUAACUUGGAUCUAAAGACAGGCCUUUAUAGAAAAAUAAAAAUAUAGCUCUAGUUUGUCUUUAGGAUUGAUUGUCUAGUCUCAUGGUUUGAAAGCUGUUUAGCUUAAGACAGGUGCCAAAAAAAAAAAAAAAUACAAAAAAAACUUCUGGCCGGACUGGAAGGAGAAGCAAAACAAAAUUAUUUUCUUUGCUUGUUUUUUGUAUGUUCAUUUGUUUCUACCAAUGUUUUGUAUGUUUGUUUGACUUUUUUGUUGGUUAUUUUUGGACUUAAUAAAAAAAAAAAAAAAGAA